UUAACACACACUCUCUUUUUUUUUUUUUUUUUUUCUACACAUUUUUAAACACCAUCAAGAAGAAUCUUGUAUGACGCAUUUGUUUGGCUUUCCGAACGGCGCAUCACACAUGAGGAGGACACGGCGGGGCGCCGACAUAAACAAGUGUCUCCUCCGAGACGAGAGGACACCACGCGUCUUCUUCCUCCUCGCGGAUUGAUCCCCGUCCUCCCGUCAAGUGACUAUGGCUUUAAAAAGUUCUGUGGAUUUCUGACGCGGCGUCACGACACCGUCCCUUCUCCGGUGGUCUUUUUUUUUUUUUUUUUUUUUUUUUGUGUGUGCCUGUGUGUGACUGACUUGUCCCCCCCUUUGGCACCCAAGGGUGCGCUCGUCAUCCACCUUGUUGACGCGCCCCUGCAGAUCCACGCGAGGAGGGGAGGGGGACAUCAUAUAUCCCACGCUACGUUUGGAGCGGGUCAGAACUGAGCCGCGUCCCGAUUUGAAUGAGACGCCUCACCUGCUGCAGGCAAGCCGAGAAGACGGGAGACGAAGACGGAGGAAAUACGUGGCCAACUUUCGCUGUAGUGAUGCUGCAAGUGGAAAUGAUCCUCGCCGUCUGCCUGCUGCUGUGGAUGUGUGUUUUUAGCCAGGAGCCCAGUUCCAAAGUGGUGGCGGACCGCUACGCCGUCUUCUGGAACCGGACCAACGCCAAGUUCCACAGUGAGGACUAUCACAUCGAUGUGUGCAUUAAUGACUACCUGGAUGUUUACUGCCCACACUACGCUGACUCGGUGCCCGAGGAGCGAACCGAGCGCUACGUCCUCUACAUGGUCAACUACGACGGCUAUAGCACGUGCGACCACACCUUCAAGGGUUUCAAACGCUGGGAGUGCAACAGGCCGCACUCGGCCAACGGGCCGCUCAAGUUUUCCGAGAAGUUUCAGCUCUUCACGCCGUUCUCCUUGGGCUUUGAGUUCAGACCGGGCAGAGAAUAUUACUACAUCUCCUCCACCGUGGCUGAGAACGGGAAGAAAACCUGCCUGAAGCUGAAAGUUUUCGUCCGACCAGCAAACAGCUGUGUGAGAACUAUAGGUGUACAUGACCGUGUUUUUGAUGUAAACGACAAAGUAGACAAUACGUUAGAACCACGAGACGACACAAGCCAUGAGCCGGCCGAGCCCUCCCGAAGCGAGGAGACAAACGCGGCGCCGCACCUGCCGGCAUCGAGUCCACUCGUGGCGUCGCUGUUGCUCUGCCUGGCAGCGCUCUUAUAGCGCCCCCGCCUGUCCCGGAGGGGCACAUUUAUUACACCCAGCGUGGCCUGAAUGAAUCUGCCCGAGGUCGCAGGGGAAGGGGGCGGGAAUUUUUUUCGAGGUGUUUGCUCGUUUGGACACCCCAAGAAAUCCCCCAAUUUUUUUUCCUCCCAAAACAGGAUGUGAGUGGGACGGGGGGAAGAAAAGCAGGGCGGACGUCGCCCGUUUUUUCGCCCGCAAACCUACGAUGCCAAAUCCUGUUUUUUUUUUAAUUUUCGUUUUGGUUUUUGACUUUUUGACACUUAACAAUUCUUACUUUCCCAUGACAGCGUCAUGUUUACUCAUUGCAGUACACACACACACACGCACACACACACACACACACACUCUCACACACGCACGCACAAGUCACUACGAUUCGUGCAAAGUUGUGUUCAGUAGCAGUAGGAGAGUGAAGACUGUAGCGCUUAGGAACAACUUGUACAUAAGCAAGUAGCUAGCUGUCCCGAGACCUCGCAAGAAGUGUUGCCGAUCCAGCAAAUGAGAGAUGAAGGGAAAAGAAGUGGGAUUAGUUUAAAGUCAGGGUGCCAUUGGAGUCCUUCUGGGGACUGACAACAUUUAUUGUGCAAAUCUUUAUUAUUAUUAUUAUUAUUAUUAUUAUUAUUAUGAAACUCUUUUUGGAAGCUUUUUGUAACAUGUUGCAUGUCGGGCCUAGACCUAACGCUCUCGCGGUUCGUGUAUGGUUGGUUGAAACCGGAAACCACAGCACUGGAAAAAUCUACGCCGCCUGCACCUUAACCUACUGGUCUCCAGGGGGCACAAUAGAGCAGUGGUUCUCAAACUUGUCUCACCAAGUACCAUAACAACCAAUCCUAAAUACAGUAGCGUAAGUGGCCGAAGUAUUCAUUCAAAACAAGGCGGAGGUUUUUGUUCACCAAGUAUAUUUAAUUUUUUUUUUGCCCAUUUUAAAAUCACACACAGUUUGAACAGUAACACCGUGUUUGGAUAUUUAAUGAAGUGAUUACCACUAGAUGGUACCCGUGCCACAGUUUGAGAGUCACUGCGACAGAGGUUCAGUUAUUGGGCGAAAUCUAGGAAUGGACUCGUUUUAUUUGUCACUGUUGUUCCUCCCGGAAUGUUCUGAAGUCCUGCUUCCAUGCCUGUGUUGUACUUAGCAGAAUAAGUUGCCACCAUAGGGGUGGAUGUGGUGUAGUCGGACAUGUUCCUUCGACAAUGCUAUAAUUUCACACAACAAGCAGAAUAUUCAAUGAAUCAACAACUUAUUACCGUAUUUUCCGGACUAUAGAGUGCACCGGUAUAUAAGCCCCACCCACUAAAUUUUAGAAGAAAAAAAUAUUUUUCCGUAUAUUUUCCGCACCGUUAUAUAAGCUGCAGAUAUUUAUGAUGUGAAAUGUGUUAUAUACACACCUUAAAUGUUUCCAAACUGUAACACGGCAGUAAAACGGCGGAUCAAACAAAACACAAGUCAUUGUGUAGCUGCGGAAGCUAGCUCCCGAGUCAGCUAAACAUGAAUUGAUUAACGUGGACCCCGACUUAAACAAGUUGAAAAAUGUAUUCGGGUGUAACCAUUUAGUGGUCAAUUGUACUGUACUGUGCAAUCUACUAAUAAAAGUUUCAAUCAAUCAACAGACUUGAUAACUCCACGGUGACGAUUUGGUGAAUUUACCGAGGAAUUUGUGAAACUGAAGUAAUGCAAAAAGAAUGACAUUGUAGGUUAACGAUACUAACGCAAACACUCGUAAAAAUGUGUUAGCAUAUUGGCUAAUGCUUACGACGCUAGCUUAUAUACAUUGCGAUAGCACGUACAAAUAUGCAUGAAAACACUCCUACAGAGAUCACACAUGGGACGGUUAUAAUAAGUAUGACUAGUUUUAGUUUGUUUUCAGUUUUAACAAUCGUUGCUCGGAGUGAUGAAUGAAGAAUCUUUUCGAGCAAAAAAACGCGCGGGACGACUAGAAGACGUGACGGCACUUGUACUUCCGGUUCAAAGCACUAAACCAGGGGUGUCAAACGUAAGACCAAGGAACAGGUUUUAUCCGGCCCGCGAGAUGAGUUUGCUAAGUGUAAAAAUAAGCCGACAUUUUUGAAUGAAAUAAACUGCUGUUUUAAAUGUGUCCACUAGAUGUCACAGUAUCAAUUAUUUGUAUCUCUGUAGAUUAUGCUACACAUGUAAAAAAAAUUCAAAUUAACCACAUGAUGUUAGAGCACCAGUCAAGGAAAAUAAGCAAACUACAUAAAUAACAUCCUGUAAUUUGAUUUUGAUAUUAUUUUUUCAUCUUGAUAGAUUAAAAAUGAACACUAAUGAGUUGACUGAAGAAUAUUAUCAUAUGAUUUAUUCAGAAAGUAUAAAUAAUGAAAAAUAAAGGUAGAAUACUAUUAACCGCAACAUGUAAGUGUAAAAAAAAACAAAAGAACAACAACAUUAUGAUUUGUAAAUUUUCUAAAUGUGCUUGUUCUAUUUUUAAACAAAGAAAACAACCUGAAGUUGUCUUUAUUUUUAAGUUAUCAUGCCGUGAUUUUACUAGUCUGGCCCACUUGGGAGUAGAUUUGUCUCAAUCUAAAAGGAGUUUGACACCCCUGCACUUAGCAGAAGAAACUGUAGUUAGCAAACCCGUCCAAAAGAUGGCGCCACAGCACCAACAAUAGCACGCCUUUAUUAUUGUGUCUGCUUGUGUUUAAAAAUGAAAAUUAUUUGCAUUGUGGCCGUCAGCGAAGAAAAAUCCACUUUUUUAGCCGCGUUGUUUUUAUAAGCCGCCGGGUUCAAAGCAUAGGAAAAAAGUAGUAUGCUUAAAAUCAACAGACAGUAAAAACAGAGACCCUCCAAAACCCGCUUGCAGAUGGUGGAUCGAUCGUCUUUUAGAAGUCGCAAUUUCACGGCUGCGGUCACACUAGUUUUGUGUCCAGCGAGCCGGCACAAAGAAUUGUUCUCUCCGUCAAUGUUAGCGUGCAUCUGCAUUCGAAUCCAAAGAUUGGACCUAAUGCUCGUAAGGGAAAGAAAAAGAACGAAACUAAUGGCUGCAGCUGCUACAGCACUGAUGCAUUGUGUUUACUUCCAAGCAAUGCACAUUAGUCCUUUCCACAGCGCUUACAAUCAAAUAGUCUGUGUGUGUAACGACACAGGUGGACAAAUCUUUCAAUUAAACAACUUCCUGUCAGACAUGUGUGCCAAAUAGGCCGUCCAACAACAACAACAACAAAGAAAAACCCGUAUGUCCACCCUGGCUGGCUCCUAGUGUUACCGGUUUAAGUGACUCCUUAAUGAGGUUCAAAAUGACAGGCAUGCGGACCCCAUGUUGUGGCAAGGGGGGGGUAUUUCUGGUAUUAAGAAUAGACGGCGGAAGGCUUGAAGGAAGGGGUAAGGGGUACGGGGGUCUCAGGGGAAGGAGUGUAGAUUUCAUCCAUGGGGGGCUUUUAAGGCACCACUGACCUUGCUGUUGGAGGGAAGUGGUGAGUGAGAGAAAAUGGAAUUCCGGGGGAGGGUCCAGGAGACAUAGGAGUGAACUGAACGUAGUCCAAUUAAUUCAUAAAAGUAGGAAAAUACUUCACGUGAAUACCAUUUGAAAAUCGACGAAACUGGGAAAAUCACAAAAUCAUUGUGAUGUACGAACCCGUGUUAGAGCCACACUAAAUUGAAGGAAAAACGUGUUAAAAGUAAAUAUUAAAAUCAUAAUCAUACAAGAAUAUAGUCUGUAAAGUUAGAGAAAAUAUGUAAUAUAUGACUUUAUUCUUGUAAUAUUUUUUUUUCCCUUAGAUUUUGUAGUAUUUUUUUUGUAAUAUGACAACAUUGUUCUCAUAAACGUAGGCCAUUGUUUCUGUAAUAUCAGUCUAUCAAUGUUUAUUUAUAUAGCCCUGAAUCACAAGUGUCUCAAAGGGCUGCACAAGCCACAACGACAUCCUCGGUUCAGAUCUCACAUAAUGUAAUACGUAAUAUUGCCUCAAAAAAUAGAACUAAACUUUUCUUGGAAAAAAUACUAUUUUCUACCUACAGUGGUACUACUAAAUACUACAUGAAUUAGGGCAACCCGUAAAAAUAAAUUAGUACAAGUUCAACAGAAAAAUUAUAGUCAUAUAAGAAUAGCAUUAUAUUUACAGUCAUAUUUUCGAUGAAACAAUUUAUAGGACUCAAGUGGUAAAAUGGGACUUUUACAUUUUAAAAGAAUAAAGUUGUAAUAUAACUAUAUAUUUUUUUCUGAAACACAAUUGUAAAUUUUUGCUUAUAUUUUUUCCUAUCUUGUAUUAUUUCAACUUUAUACUCAUAAAAUGAUGACUAUUAUUUUUGUAAUAUAAUGACUUAAGAAAAUACUCAACUCGAAACCUUUUUCCUAAAACAAAAGCUUUAAUUCAAAAUACGACAUACAGUACUACUUCUAAACACUGCAGGAGAAGAAGGCGACAUUUUUGACGAAUAAAUUAUUACAAAUUUACCAGAAAAAUAUGGUUAUGUAAGAUGGGCAUUAUAUAAUUCUGAAGGUGCGGGGGAGCUACAUUCAUCAUUUUAAAUGUCAUCAUUUUUUGGAGAAAAAAAAAUGUUGCAAUAAACUGGUAAAAAUUUAACAUUUUAAAAGAAAAAAAUCAGAAUAUAUGUUUGUUUUUUUUAAAUUUAUUUUAAGACUGUUUCUUAAAAAGAAAUAUGACAGGAUUUUCAUAAUAUUUUGACCUUUCAUCUUUUAGCUCUAUGACAUUUAUUCUCAUCAAAUAUAUUAACAGUAUUUAACUCAGCUACAAUAUUACAUGCACCUACUAAAUACAGGAAAACUUUGUAAGAAUAAUGAUAUAGUAUUAUAAUUUUACCAGAAAAAAAAAUUGUUAAACAAGAACCACUUUAUACCACAUCAUUUAAAGUUCUACUUUUUUGUUGUAAUUAAUGAAAAUCAAAUCCUACUUCUGGAAAGAAAUGUUACAUUUUCAAAUAAUAUAUGAUUGUAUUUCUUAAUAUUAUUUUAAGACUGUUUCUUAAAAAAAAUAUGACAGGAUUUUCAUAAUAAUUUGAUCUUUUAGCUAUACAACAUUUAUUCACAUCAAUGAUACUAACAUUAUUUAACUCAGCUUCAAUAUUACAUGCAACUACUAAAUACAGCAAAACUUUGUAAGAAUAAUUAUAUAGUAUUAUAAAAAAAAUUGUAAAACAAGAACACUUUUACACCAUAUCAUUUAAAGUUGUAUUUUUUUGUUGUAAUUAAGGAAAAUCAAAUGCUACUUCUGGAAAGAAAUGUUACGUUUUCAAAGAAUACAAUCGUAAUGUGUGACUAUAUUCUUUUAAUAUUACAACUUUUUCAUUUGUACUGCAUAUGAAGAAAGACAAGAUAGUUUACCACUUAAUCUGAAUAAUAUUGUUACCUUUGUAACUUUAUUCUCAUAAAAAUGACAACUUUAUUUCAGUAAAAUUUGAAAAAAUACAACUAAAUUCGCUGCGAUGAGGUGGGGACUUGUCCAGGGUGUACCCCGGCUUCCGCCCGAUUGUAGCUGAGAUAGGCACCAGCGUCCCUUGCGACCCCAAAAGGAAUAAGAAAAUGGAUGGACAACUACAUUCAAAAGUUUUUUUCCUGCUUUUAGAGUUAAAGUCCCAAUGUUAGUCACACACACACAAGGUGUGGUGAAAUUAUCCAUGUUCACCCCUUGGGAGGUGAGGGGAGCAGUGAGCAUAUUUGGUGAUUCAACCCCCUUGAUGCUGAGUGCCAAGCAGGGAGGUAACGGGUCCCAUUUUCAUAGUCUUUGGUAUGACUCGGCUCGGGUUUGAACUCACGACCUUCCAGUCUCAGGGCGGACACUCUAACCACAAGGCCACUGAGCAGGUCUAAAUAUAGCCCAACUUGGCUCUCGUGCAGUUGAUGAUGUUAACAUGCACACAAAAUUCCAGUUAAAGUCGACACGUGUUUGCAUCCAAAACAAAAAAAAGAUUUCUGCUUUCAUGCCACUACAUUGCCAAAAGUAUUUGUGCCCUGACCUCGAAGUGCCAUCCCAUUCCUAACCCAUAGGGUUCAAUAUAUUGUCGGUCCACCUUUUGCAGCUAUUACAGCUCCAACUCUUCUGGGAAGGCUGUCCACAAGGUUGCGGAGUGUGUUUAUGGGAAUUUUACACCAUUCUUUCAAAAGCCCAUUGGUGAGGUCACACACUGAUUUUGUGGCUCUUAGUCUCCCAUUCUAAUUCAUCCCAAAGGUGUUCUAUCGGGUUCAGGUCAGGACUCUGUGCAGGCCAGUCAAGUUCAUCCACAACAAACUCUGUCAUCCAUGUCUUUAUGGACCUUGCUUUGUGCACAGGUGCGGAGUAAUUUUGGAAGAGGAAGGGGCCCGCUCCAAAGUGUUCCCACAAGGUUGGGAGCAUGGAAUUGUCCAAAAUGUUUUGGUGCACCUGAUUCUGAUCAUUUGGAUGGGUGGCCAAAAUAAAAUAAUUUAUAACGACCUUAUUCUUAAACCUUCUUUAUAUUGCAAAAUUACGACUUUAUUCUCAUAUUUUUUCCUUCUCGGUGUGGCCCUAGUACACCCUUCGUACAAAACAUUUGUUUGCCUUUAUCGAUUAUAACUUGUCGGGUUAUUUACAGGAUUUACGGCCAUUGAAUUCACAAACAAUAAAGCCAAAAUGAGCGCAGAUGAACCAGACAUUUUUAUCGCAAAACCAGCUUCAAGUCGACUCUGCCGGUUAUUUAGCUCCUUAUUUUUUUUUUUUUGUGGUUUUGUCACCACGUUUUUACCGCGUUACGCAGCCUAAACCUGGGAAAUGAGGAUCAACUUAAAAAAAGGUGGAUACCGUGUAUCCUGAGGUAGUCAACCAUCCAACAUGUCGUGGUAGCUUCUAGCGUCUGUUUUGUACAUUCUGGAGGACAAAAAAAAAAAAAAGAAAUAAAGAUCAUUGUUAAAACUGUAUAAUUAUUACUGUUAUGAUGAUGAUUCGAACUAUUAUUAUUAUUAUUAGGAAAAAUACUCCUUGUUGUAAAUAGUGUUUGAUAUUAAAGUAUUAAUUUGGUUCUUAUGUCGUUUUUUUUUAAAAAAAAAGGAAAGAAAAAUAGGUAAACAUGUCAAUAUCUCUGGGUUUUUGUUGAGUGCUUUCCGACAACACGGCGUGCUGCGAUGGAGCGAACAUGUUCAACGGCGCCAUCUUCAGGAGGAAUGCUUAGGACUUAACUUUUUACGGACGCUUUUUUUGUUUGUUUGUUUGUUUGUUUGUUUCAUGCUUUUAGCGUGGGGUGAGAGGGGGGCGGGGGGUGUAAGCAUGAGAAAGAAGCAGGCGGUUUGACGAGGCGGCAUGCGCAUGAAUUUAACGACAUGCAGGAAAAAUGUUUUUAUUUGGCUUUUUCUUCUUUAGUUAUGGUUUUCUUUUUUGGUUCGUUUUUUUUGGGGGGAAACACUUAAGUAUGGGGAACAUUGCAUGUUAAUAAGCAACUAAUUAAUGGUGAAUACGUUCCCCAUACUAAAGUGUUACCGACUUAUUUUUAGAGUUAUUUGGACAUUAGGGGUUACUAAUAAGCAAUAAUUCUGAGGCUAUUGAGGGAAGACUCUUGGUUAAUGGCUUACUGCUUGUAUAAUAAGGCCAUGCAGAAUAAAGCAUGAAUAACUACUAAAUAAUGACUAAUUAAGGGCAAUAUUGAUUAACUAAAUUUGGUAACACUAUAGUAUGUGGAACAUUGCAUGUUAAUAAGCAACUAAUUAAUGGUGAAUAUGUUCCCCAUACUAAAGUGUUACCGACUUAAUUUUAGAGUUAUUUGGACACUAGGGGAACAUAUAAAGGUUAUUCUGAUGUUAUUAAGGGAAGACUCUUAGUUAAUGGCUUUCUGGUUGUAUAAUAAAGCCCUGCAGGAUAAGGCAUUAAUAAUUACUUAAUAAUUACUAAUUAAGAGCCAAUAUUGCCUCUUAAUUAGUCAUUUAAGUGAUGGAGGAACUGAAGGCGGAAUUGUUGGAGGAACUUUGUUAAAAAAUAAAUAAACAAAAUAUUGUUUAUUUUGUUGACCACUGACCGAAGAAAUAAUGAUAAAAAAUAAUAAUUAACUAAUAAUUAACACUUUAGUAUGGGGAACAUAUUCACCAUUACUAAGUUGGACCCCGAUUUAAACAAGUUGAAAAACUUAAUCGGGUGUUACCAUUUAAUGGGCAGUUGUACGGAAUAUUUAUUGAGUAUCACUCAAUCAAUCAAACAAUCUUAUUAACAUGCAAACUAGUAACAUAUUGGCUCAUAAUUAGUCAUUAUUAAGUACUUACUAAUGCCUUAUUCUGCAUGGCCUUAUUAUACAACCAGUAAGCCAUUAACUAAGAGUCUUAUCUCAAUAAGGUUAGGUUUAGGGUUGAGGUUAGGGUUAGGUUACUUAGAGUGUGUUCCAAUAAACUCUAAAUUAAAUUUGUUGUUACUCAGAAUAUGUUCCCCAUACUAAAGUGUUACCGACUUAAUUUUAGAGUUAUUUGGACACUUGUGGAUCUUCUGAGGUUAUUGAGGGAAGACUCUUAGUUAAUGGAUUACUGAUUGUAUACCAAGGCCAUGCAGAAUAAGGCAUUAAUAAGUACUUAACAAUGACUCAUUAAGAGGCAAUAUUGAUUAACUAAAUUUGGUAACAAUUUAGUAUGGGGAACAUAUUCACCAUUAAUUAGUUGGACCCCAACUUAAACAAGUUGAAAAACGUAUUCGGGUGUUACCAUUUAGUGGCCAAUUGUACGCAAUAUGUACUGUACUGUGCAAUCUACUAAUAAAAGAAUCAAUCAAUCUUAUUAACAUGCAAAUUAGUAACAUAUUGGCUAUUAAUUAGUCAUUAUUAAGUACUUAUUAAUGCCUUAUCCUGCAUGGCCUUAUUAUACAACCAGUAAGCCAUUAACUAAGAGUCUUCCCUCAAUAAGGUUAGGGUUAGGUGUUCUCCUAGUGUCCAAAUAACUCUAAAUAUAUUUAUUUGUUACUUAGAAUAUGUUCCCCAUACUAAAGUGUUACCGACUUAAUUAAUAACUUAAGUUAUUUGUACACUAGGGGAACAUACAAGGGUUAUUCUGAGGUUAUUGAGGGAAGACUCUUAGUUAAUGGCUUACUGGUUAAAUACUAAGGCCAUGCAGAAUAAGGCAUUAAUAAGUACUUAAUAAUGACUAAUUAAGAGGUAAUAUUGAUUAACUAAAUUUGGCAACACUUUAGUAUGAGGAACAUAUUCAUCAUUAAUUAGUUGGACCCCGACUUAAACAAGUUGAAAAACUUAUUCGGGUGUUACCAUUAAGUGGUCAAUUGUACGGAAUAUGUACUGAACUGUGCAAUCUACUAAUAAAAGUUUCAAUCAAUCAAUCAAUCAAUGAAUCUUAUUAACAUGCAACUUCGUAACAUAUUGGCUCUUAAUUAGUCAUUAUUAAGUACUUAUUAAUGCCUUAUUCUGCAUGGCCUUAUUAUACAACCAGUAAACCAUUAACUAAGUCUUCCAUUAAUAAGGUUAAGGUUGGGGUUAGGGUACUUAGAAUAUGUUCCCAUACCGUCCAAAUAACUCUAAAAAAAUGUUUUUGUUACUUAGAAUAUGUUACUUUUUUUUGUUUUUGUUUUUUUUUUUUGUUUUUUUUAAAGCUCACACGGUGAGUUAUUUUGCAUCCCUGAAACUCGAGCGAUGUCACGGAACUUUUUGUCAGUGCUGUACAAAAAAAGACCCCACCAGACUAUGUUGUGACGUUUGCAGGGUGGGGCUCGGCCAUGUUGUUUUUUUGUUUGUUUUUUUUGCCCCCCCCUGGACAAAGACUCUACUUUGGCCUCUCGGGAGGAGUGCGUACAGAGGGAGUGCAUACGUGGACGUGUGAUUUACUACGGAGUGAUUUUUGGUGUGUGUGUGUGUGUUUCUCAUGUGGUGCUGCCACCGUAAAAUGGGAAGUGACUCCCCUCUUUUUUGGCAGCCGAGAGUGUUUCCCAUGCCUUAGAUGCUCUCCGCCAUUGUGCUUUUUACAGGUCAACAAAACAGGCUUCUUCUCCCCUUUUUUAACAACCCUGGCCUAGAUGUCGCCCAUUUUAAGAACUAGUGCAGAGCGCCCCACCCCCCCUUCCUCCACAAUAACCAGGGGUCAAAGGUCAUUUUUGUCUUCUCGUGAUUGUGUCGCAUCCCCCCAUGCCCCCACUCACUUCGCACCAGGCGCGCUCCUUUCCUCUUUGUACCCUGCGCCCACUUUGUCACCAGUGGGCAAAACUUUCCGAACCCGCUCUUUUUACAGUAUAUAAACCACCGAAAAAUGGACAAAAAAAAGCAUCUGUAUUUGUAUAUACACGUGUCUGAGCAUCUAUGAGUAAUACAAUAAAACAGAAAAAACAUGA